AUGCCGGAUGGGGUGAUGGAAGAGAACGUGGUCCUCUUUGCAGUUCCGAAGAAGGGGAGGAUCCACGAGGAUGUCAUGAAGAUCUUGAAGGGAGCUGGCUUCGAUGCGAAGCGUCCAGAUCGCUUGGAUGUGGCCAUGUGCAAGGAUGUCCCGAUAAAGCUGGUCUUCCUGCCUGCUGCGGACAUACCGAGCUAUGUCAUGGAGGGAAACGUGGACAUCGGCAUUUCUGGGAGCGACAUGCUGGAAGAGUCCAUGAUCGACGCUGGGUUUGAUGCGGAGUGUGCUCCUAUCAAGGUCAUCCUCAAGCUAGGCAUUGGAAAAUGCAGGCUCUGUUUGCAAGCACCGCAGCAACACUGUGACCGACCUCCGAAGGAUUUCGUCGGCCAGCGCAUAGUCACGUCGUUCCCAGCGCUGACGAAGAGAUACUUCGAACGCCUAGCCGGUGAGGACGCGCAGCAGAAGACGCACAUCAAGGAAGUGUCAGGCUCGGUCGAAGCAGCCUGUGGACUGGGCCUAGCAGAUGCCGUGGUUGACCUGGUCGAAACUGGCACGACCAUGAAAGCUGCAGGUCUGGACAUUGUGUCAGAAGUCUUGGAGACCGAGGCCCUCCUAUUUCAGCAGCUUCCGACGGAGGCCAAUGGCCUGUCCAGUGGAAGCAAAGCGGAUGUGCUAAAGCUUAUUGAGAACAGAGUAUCCGGUUACCUCACGGCCACCAAACACGUGAUGAUCGUGUGCAACUGUCACCACGACGACCUGGCGUCCGUUUGCCAGCUCAUGCCCGGCAAGAGAUCACCCACUGUGACCGAGCUGAAAGAGUCGAGCUGGCACUCAGUGUCGGCUCUGGUGAAGAACAGCGAGUCGAAUCGCAUAAUGGAUGAUCUUUCGAAGGCGGCAUUUGGUUGUGUGCCGGGUGGGAGUGGCUGGCUGCUCGACUUCGGCGUCCGGGCGUUGCAGACGUCCGAGCAUUUGCCCCACACGGUUCCCUUCCACAACAUGCGACAAGUGGCCAAGGCCGGUCCCGUGGGCUCAGCCACCAGCGCCGCAACGGUUAUGGGCUCGUCGCAGCAGGCGAAGGCCAGAGCAUCGGCUACUCGCAAGGCUGCGGCCAGCCCGGCAACUGCAAAGGCUAAAGCUCGGCCUAUGCAGAAGGAUGCCGCGGCCACUGAGGAGGCAGCACAGGCCUUGAGCGUCUGGGAAGCAUUGCUCGAGGUCCUGACUCUGUCGGCACACAUCUUGACUGAGGAUCCUUCUCAGCUCGCCUUUCAAGUCCUGGGGCGACUCCUAGGAUCGGAGGUGCCCGCAGGCCCUCUCGCAGAUCUUCGCGCGGGAGCGCAGAUGGCCCUGAAGGAGGGCGUCUACGGGCUGCCUGCCGGCACUGUCCCGAGCUGGCGCUGCAGCGCUUGCCCGGUCUCCAAGAAGAGCCUGCAAGGAGUUGGCGGGCCACUGGCGAGGACCUUACAACUGCACAAAGACUGGGUGCGCUGCGUGGCGGUGAAUGAAGCUGGCACCUUGCUGGCGAGCGCAUCGAACGACCUCUCAGUCAAAGUCUGGGACCUGACCCAGGAUUGCCGAAUGCUACUGGAGCUACUGGGACAUGAGACUGCAGUUCUCACUGUGGACCUUAAAGGUGACCUCGUGGUGUCUGGAGAUAAGGACGAGGUGAUUCUCUGGAGCUUGUCAGAUGGCAGCAUUCUCAAACGCCGGCCGGGGUUCGCAGGAAACUUAAGCGUCGUUCAGUUUUUGGGCGAGGGGCAUGUGGCAGUGGCAACCGGGACGGACGUUGAGUUGGUGGGAGCCACUACGCUGCAGGGCAAGCCGACCUGCAACCAUGAGGCCAGAGUUGCCGCCAUCCACUCCAGCGCGGUCCCAGGCGGUUCAGCUACAGAGUUGCUCCUCGCCUGUGGCUGCGAUGACAAGCAUGCAGCACUAUGGAAGCUGAGCAGUCAAGAUGCCAAGCGCAAGAAACCUACAGCCCCAGAGUUCACGGCACAGCUGAUCACCAGGUUUUUGGUAGGAGAACAGGACGUCCGGGCAGUGAGUUUGAGUAGAGCGGGGAAUCUCCUGGCAUGUGGGAAUGAUGACGGGGUCUUGCGAAUUUGGAGCAUCAGCACAGGGAAAGCUGGGCUUUCCUGCAGCAUGCUGUGUUCUGCACCAGAUAUGCACAGUGACUGGAUACAUUCUGUGAGCAUGGCUCAUGACGGCUCCUGUGUGGCAUGUGGCUCUGACGACAACUCCAUUUCCCUCUUCGACGUGUCAAAGCAGCGAAUGGUCGGACAAGUCAGGAUCUUUUCUGGUGCCUUUUCUGUGGCACUGUCGCCGGACCUGAAGUCACUGUACUCCGCAAGUGGUGACAUCCGUUUGUGGAGUGUUCCCAAAAUCAAGCAAUCGCACCACUUGAAUGCCACAGGUACUGGCAAGCAUUCCCCUGCUGUCACCGGAAAUGCGGUGUCUCUUGAUGGAUGUCAUGCCGUUUCUGCGUCUUCAGAUUUGACAGAUGGCAAGACAAACGGCGGCCUUCAGAUUGGGCUUUGGGAUUGUCCAACAGGCUCCCAGACCGGAUUCUUCAAAGUGGGCGGUUCCAUAGAUGACGAUGACAGGCCCCUGUGCGCAUCCAUGAGCCCGGACGCUACAAUGGCUGCCAUCGGAUGUGACACCGGCAAGCUUUGGGUCGUUAACCUGACGGAGCCCUUCGCGGCUGUUUGGGUGCAGCCGGAGGCCCAUACUGAGCGCAUCUACUGCUGCGAAUGGCUGGAGCUGGAUUGUUUGGCAACUGGCAGUGAAGAUGGGAGUGUUGCUUGCUGGUCAGUCAGGGACAAGGUCUGCACUGCGACUGCCAGGCCGUAUGAUUCGGGCAUCCGUUGUUUUGCAUGGACCCAAGAUCGGCAAAGGGUCAUGUGCGGCUGCGACUACCAGGCACCACGACUGGUGUCGGUUGGAGAGAAAGGCUCAGAUGGCCACGUCCUUGCAGAGUUCAAGGAUGUCGUCCGACAGGAACUGACUGUCAUAACCCCUUGCAGCAUUUCACUCAGCUCGGACGACCGGCGUGCGGUGACCACGAGCUGGGACAAGGCGCUGCGCGUGUGGGAGCUGGACUCUGGACAGCUCUUGCUGGCCGUGACGCAGGUUUCCGACUGGGUGGUGAAGGGUUUUGGAGCGACACUGGCAGGUGACAUCGCCGGCCUCUGUGUCUCCUACUCCUGGGACCGGCAGCUGCAGCUCUGGGAUUUCACGCAUGUGCUCGGCAAGGGAACAGAGAAGGAGGCAGUGGUCGUGUCAUCACAGGAAUCCUCCGAGAGACUUUGCACUUGUCAGUGCGACGCCUCCCUGGUACACAUGGCUUGCGCGCCGCGCUGGCGAGAGGGUGUGAGGCGGAGCCUGGUGUUUGCAGACGAGGAUGGCGGAGUCCACUUCUUUGAGGUGGAAAUACGUCAGGCGCCCGUGCAAGAUGCGCAAGGAUGCAUGUCAAAGAUAUGCAUCUCUUUCUACCAACCUUUACCACGGUGCUGUCCGCGAUGUUGCUGCGCAUCUCUGGACGCCAGAGACCUUAGCUGGCCAGCAGAGGGCAAAGGCAUGCGCCGCAGAGAGGCUGCCGCGAAGUGCUUUGCGGCAGGAGACUUCCCUUACCAAUGUGCGCUCGCCAUCGCCGGGGGAGAUCUCCUGGACAGCAACGUCCAGAAGUGCUCCUCGCAUCCCGCAGAACAGGACAAAAAACCCUACGGCAUGGCAAUGACCGCAUGUGCUCGGCAUGCGCUCUGGCAUUUGGCUGCAAGUGUCAUGGCAGAAGUACAGGUUGCUGCCAUGCGACUGGACGUGGUGCUGCUUGGCGCAUCAGUCGGCGCUUACAAGCAGGCCAGCAUGUGGCGCUCCGCCGCGCAGGUGCUGCAAAGUUCCUCCGCACAAGGGCUUGAGCAGAGCAUCAUCUCCCACAACGCCUUGCUCAGUUCGCUUGGACGCUCCGCUCUGUGGCAGUCAGGAUUGGUGCUGCAGGCCAGCAUGGCUUGCUCCAGCUGCAUGACCUGCGAUGUCGUGACGUUCAACACGUUGAUCACAUCCUACCUGAAAGGCAUGCACGGUCACCGUGCACUCCGUGUCCUGCCCAUGAUGAAGGAGCAGCUGGUUGAGCCCGACCAAGCGACAUUUUCCAGCACGAUCCUGGCGUGCAAGAUGGUUUCGGCUUGGCAGGGGGCGCUGGCCUGCGUGCAGGGGUUGAGCCUCGGAAUGGGAGAUCGGCCUUGCCAAGACUCCAGGGUUCUCGGUGCGGCCAUGGCUGCUUGUACCAAGGCCACGCAGUGGGAAUGGGCCUUGGAGCUGCUCCAUACGGUGGAUGCAAGCAGCGGAGAUCUCGACCUAGUUCUGUGCAACACGGGGAUGGCGGCAUGCGCAUCGGGGAGGUCGUGGAGAAGAGCACUUGACCUACUUCAGAGGCUGGCAGGAGACGGCUUUCGAUCGGAUGUCGUCUCACUCAACACGUGCAUGACCGCCUCUGAGAGAGCAGACCGUUGGCAGGGUGCCUGUGAACUCCUGUCCGCGGCUCGUCGCCAUGCGCAGCGCCUCGAUUCCAUCACCUUUGCCGCUGGCACCGCUGCUUGUGGUGCCGGAGCAGGAUCUGCGCGCUGGGCGUUGGCAAUCAACAUGAUGGCAAGUUGCCAAGAGCAAGGCGUGCAAGUCAGCGCGGAGACCCUUGGGACAGUCUUGGCUGCGCUCUCCGGCCUCAGCAUCGUUGGCGCAAGGGAGGACCACAAUCGCUGGGUCCGUGCACUUCAGCUGCAAUUGGCCGGCUUCCUGGUAAGUUUGCGCACGGUCGAUCUUAUGGGCCAUCACCAGAGUGGGGCUCUGACCUCGCAUCCAAAGAGGCAGGACGCAACGACCUGGAAGACAUCGCUGCAACUAUGCCGAGAUGCUGCUCUUGCUGGUGCUGUCGGUAUGCACUCCCAGGCACAGGGUUUACUGCGAAUUCUCGGAGAGGAUGCCGAUGCGGCCGCACUUUGCACAGUCCUAGACACCCUGGAGCUCGCUGAAGACUUCCACGGUGCCUCUGCGCUGUUGACCCGAGCCUGCCGUGAUUGUUUUCAACUUCUUCGGCACAUGGUACACUCACAGGUUUCUUCAACCACCCUGUGCGCUCAAGCGGUCGUCACCAUGGACUCCCUCUCGUUUCGGCAAAGACUGCCUUGUGCAAUGCAGGCUGCCUUUCACCGGGCCAUCGCCGCUCCGGUCCUGGCGAGGCUGAUUCGACUGCUUCACAUUCCUUUGCGGCCUGAGUCUCGAAACGAGCAGCUGGAAGCCCAGCCUAUGCUGGGGCACGUUGCAACGAUGCAGGCUUUGAGCCAAAGUUGUCUUGGCUUGCAGGCCGGAGCAAUGUCAAGUUGGAGGCUCUUGAGUAGGCGAUGCCUGACUGGCUGGAAACUCCAGCUACCGGCGUAUGAGGCACUGGCCACUGCCCUGACCCCAUGUCUUGCCUACAGCAUUCCAGCAAAGCACGCGUGCUGCGCCGGACGCGUGGUUGGCUACAGAGCAGAGAACAACGCAGGAGAUGGGCCUCUAGCGGCUGUGUGGGUGCAGCACGACCGUUCUCAGCACGGAGAGCGCCAGGCUCUUCUGAUGAUCGUCGCAGCGACUGCCAGUAGCAGUCAGUCGCCCACCUCAUACGGCUUGCCCCUCCUCCGUCGAGCCCUGCAUCGCUUGGAACACUUGGAUCAGUUCGACCGCCUCCGCCGCAGCAAUGAAAUGAAAUGA